GAAGAAGAAGAAGAAGAAGAAGAAGAAGAAGAAGAAGUUCUAAUCAUGGCAACGGCAACGACCCCGAUUGGUCAAGAUCAGCCGACCAAAGCAGUUCCUCCACCCGUCGUGUUUGAUUUGUCUCAGCCUCCGGUUAUCGAGGGCUUCACCCCGCUGGCCAGAGCGAAGGAGGAGAGUUUUAAAGACAAAUUCAUCAGGAAGACCAAAGAGAAUCCAUUCGUCCCUAUAGGGUGUUUGGGAACAGCAGGAGCAUUGAUCUACGGCCUCAGCGCCUUCAGACGGGGUAAAACUCGACAGUCCCAGCUGCUAAUGAGAGCCCGUAUCUUCGCUCAAGGCUUCACCGUCGUUGCUAUUAUAGUGGGUGUAGCUGCCACUGCACUGAAGCCUAAACAGUGAAGAGAAGACACCAGACCCUGUUUGACCAGACUGACAAGCGCCUUUUAUGGUCGAUGGGUGACAUGUGAAUAUGGAAUGAACUGAACAUUAAAUGCCAAUUGUUUGCAUUUUUAUUUUCUUUGCAAAAAAGUUCCGGUGUAAGAACUCUUAUUGUAGAUCUACAGGUGGUAGAUGGCACUAUUCGCAAAUUGUAUCAAUAUGCCACACUCAUACAAACAUUUAAAGGUAUAGUUCACCCCAAAAUGAAAAAUCUAAUUUACAAUCAUUAACUGAACCUCAGGUUGUUUCCAACCUGAAUGAGUUCCUUGUUUCUUUUGAGCACAAAAUAUAUUCUGAAGAACUCUGGUAACCAAGCAGUUGAUGAAAGCCAUUGACAUUCAUAGUAUGGAGAAAAAUUGUUAAAAGUCAAUGGUUACGGUACUCACAUUCUUCAAAAUAUCUUUUGUGCUUAACAGAAGAAAGAAACUCCUUCAGGUUUGGCACAACUUGAGGGUAAGUAAAUGAUGAUUCUCAUUUUUGGGUUAAGUAUCCUUUUUAUACACACUAUUUAAUUUAAAGAGUCACAAAAUUGUCUGGUUGACAGGCAUUGUAUCUGUUUUUCCAUGUUAAUUGCUUCAAACAUUAUAGUGCACUUUUUUUUUUUACUUAAUUUUCUGUAAGUAUUAAGAAGGACUACUUAAAGUGCUGUGUAUUUGCGAAUGGGAAUUGAUCAUGAGAAUUUGUGAUAUUACAUCUCCACGUGUGAUAAAUGUAAAUUUCAUUUUAAAAAGUCACAAUAAAUAUAAUCUGAAAGCA